CUGGGACAAAGAUGGUGGGUGCAAAGGCUGUUACAGGCCCCAGCACCUCCCUCAGCCUGGCACAACGCACUAAAGUCAGCAGUGUCAUGGUGAAUCCUCCCUUCUACCAGGUGUCCUGUUGUGGGCCUGUUCCCUGUACCUGCUGCUGCCAUUCUAGAUGGCCCCUUGUCACAGAGUCUACUUGUAGCCGUCUGGUCUACAUCCUCCUCCAUGUGGGGUCCUCAGCAGUCUGCUGCCUCCUGCUGUCAAGGACAGUAGUGGAAAGGGUCUGGGGGAAGGCAUAUGGGGUAAGUGGGAGGGUUCAGGUUCCAACAGGAGAAAGGGAAAAAGAAGAAACCUUCAGACAAAAGAUUCAGAUUGGGGAUAGGGGACAAGUGAAUGGAUAUACACUGAGAAGCAGGUACCUCUCUAUACAUGAUGAUUUGCCCUGCCAUUUCUCACAUGCACUCUCCCUCCAGAUCCACAUGCCCUCAGGGUUGUGUGCCCAUCUGUUUGGCCACCCUCACUGCCCAGUGCUCAGUGGCUCUGGAGCUGUGUACCGAGUAUGUGCAGGAACUGCCACCUUCCACCUGCUGCAGGCUGUGCUGCUAGUGCAGCUCCACUCCCCCACUAGUCUAUGUGCACAGCUCCAUAAUAGCUUCUGGCUCCUCAAACUGCUGUUCCUGCUAGGUCUCUGUGCUGUUGCCUUCUGCAUCCCGGAUGAGCAUCUCUUCCCAGCCUGGCAUUACAUUGGCAUCUGUGGAGGCUUCACAUUCAUCCUGCUGCAGUUGGUGUUUAUCACAGCCUUUGCCCAUUCCUGGAACAAAAAUUGGCAGACCGGUGCAGCCCAAGACUGCCACUGGUUCCUAGCUGUACUGCUGGCCACCCUGGGAUUCUACAGCAUGGCAGGUGUGGCAGCUGUGCUCCUGUACCGCCACUACACACACCCAGCUGGCUGCCUGCUCAACAAGAUGCUGCUUGGUCUACACCUUUGUUUCUGUGGCCUCCUCUCCUUCCUCUCCAUCGCUCCCUGCAUCCGCCUCAAGCAACCCCGUUCUGGCCUUCUACAAGCCUCCAUCAUCAGCUGCUGUAUCAUGUCUUUCUCUGCACUGUCCAGCCGUCCUCCAGAGAGUGUAAUCCUUCAAGGACAAAAUCACACUUUGUGCUUGCCUGGCCUGAGUAAAAUGGAAUCGCAACCAGAUACUUCUCUGGCAGUGCUAAGUGCUGGCAUCAUGUAUAUUUGUGUCCUUUUUGCUUGCAAUGAGGCUUCCUACCUGGCUGAGGUAUUUGGACCCCUAUGGACUGUCAAGGUUUACAGCUAUGAGUUCCAGAAGCCCUCAUGUUUCUGCUGCCCUGAAACAGUGAAACCAAAGGAAGGACAGAGGGGUAGAGCUGCCAGGCCAGCUGACCAAGAGACCUCUCCAGCUCCUCCAGUGCAAGCCCAGCAUCUCUCCUACAGCUAUUCUGCCUUCCAUUUUGUCUUCUUCCUUGCAUCACUCUAUGUCAUGGUUACCCUUACCAACUGGUUCAGCUAUGAGGGAGCAGAACUGGAAAAGACCUUCAUCAAGGGUAGCUGAGCUACCUUCUGGGUCAAGGUUGCCUCGUGCUGGGCCUGUGUACUCCUCUAUCUUGGGCUUCUACUGGCACCACUCUGUUGGUCCCCCACCCAGGACUCCCAGCCACCUCCUACUUUCAGGCAACACUGCCAUCGCAUAAAUACUGCAAGAUAACAAAUAUUCAGUCUAGGUACUGUUAACUGGGGUUCCCUUGAGGUCAUACUCCCAGUCUUGACUCAGGAACUGCCCAGCCGAGCAGAUACCUCAAGGACAAAAUGGGCAGUUAUCUCCCUUUAGACUGAAGUCAGUACUAUGUCUGAACAGGAGAAAGUGGCCAUACAUAUUCUAACGCCAUGGGCAGAGUGUCUGACUCACUAGAGCUACUGUUAGAUCUUUACCCCAGCUCAAGAACCUAACUCCCAAGUCAGCCUCUCAGGAACCACUGCUGAUCUGUGCAGACAGUGCGGCACCAGCCCUUUCCUGGCUCUCACGGUGGAGAUGGGGGCAGGGAAAGACCAAUAGGGACUGAAGACUUACUUGGCUCUGCCCUUGGAGAUAAAAAGGAAAAUAAGCAGUUCAGCCCUGGGCACAGGGAGAUAAGCAGCCCAGAACAAACCAGGACACAGAAAGAAAGAAUAUAGAGACCACCCUAGGUUUUAAUCCUGAUCUUGAGGUCAAAGGAAGUGGGAAGACAAAAACCACCCUCAUUCCAUGAAGAAUGACAGAAGAGAAUGUGAACACUAGAGAGCAGCUAACCAUGGGAAGUCAGUGAGCAGC